ACAAUUUCCUCCCUCCCCCCUCUCACUCUAACCUUCCUUGAAAUUUCUCUCCCCUUCCCAUCUCAAUCCUCUGAUCCUUUCCUAUAUAUCCUCACUUCUUCCAACAUUUAUUGGAUUAUCGGCCUCGUUUACUUGGGUUCCUCUUUUCUUCUUUUUUCUAUUCAUCUCCAUCUCAAGACUCCCUCCUCCUCUCUGCUCAAAUAUCUUCGAAUCAUCAAAGGAGAAAAAUGGAGAACAAUCAGCAUUCGUUCUGGCAAUUCAGCGAUCAGCUGAGGCUACAAUCGACAAACUUGGCAAAUCUUUCUCUUAACGAUUCAAUAUGGGGGAAUUCCUUCACUUCCAAGAGGCCUGAGGAGAGGAAGAAUUUCGACAUCAGGGUCGGCGGUGACAGGUCUUCCUCUGCCAAUUUGAAGCAAAAGGGCUCCGAUUAUAAUGUCUUUAAUGAUGGUUGGAAGAUCGGAACUAGCAUCGGAGGGACCCAGAAAAACGUUGCCGCUGUUAACGAUGUCUUCAACAAGGGUUCGGAUCAUAAUGUCUUCAAUGUUGAUUGGAAGAUCGGGACUAAUAUCGGAGCGACCCAUAAGAACGUUGCCGUUAAUGGAGUCUCCAACAAGGGUAUUUACUCGAAACAGACCGGAAACAACAUGAACAUCAGUCACAGCAACAGCAACAAUUACAAUUACAAUAAGAAGAGCAGUAAGAACAACAAGAAAAACGAUGACGAUCGCGAGGGUAAAGGUGGAAACAAAAACGAUAACAACAGCAACAACAGCAAGACCAGCGUUGCCAAGAGAUUCAAGACUCUUCCUCCAUCGGAAUCUCUGCCUCGAUUUGAAGCAGUUGGUGGAUACAUCUUCGUCUGCAAUAACGACACCAUGCAGGAAAAUCUCAAGAGGCAGCUUUUUGGUCUGCCUCCACGAUACAGAGACUCAGUCCGAGCUAUAACACCGGGGUUGCCUCUCUUCCUCUAUAACUAUUCCACCCACCAACUCCACGGAAUAUUCGAGGCUGCGAGUUUUGGAGGAACGAACAUCGAUCCAGCUGCUUGGGAGGACAAGAAGAAUCCUGGUGAAUCGCGUUUCCCUGCGCAGGUAAGAGUUGUUACAAGGAAAAACUGCGAACCAUUAGAGGAAGACUCGUUCAGACCGAUCCUUCAUCACUAUGAUGGCCCCAAAUUCCGCUUAGAACUCAAUAUACCAGAGGCACUUGCCCUGUUGGAUAUAUUUGCGGAGAACAAUCCUUAGAAACAGAGAAGAAAUGGCAUGCCGGAAGAAAAGUAGAAAACAUUACGUCACAUACAUAAAGCAACUUCCAGUUCCAGAACCAGAGUUACAGAGGGAGGGGGCUUGCUUUCAAUAACAGCGCGGUGGCUUAACGAGGAAGAUAGGCUAGGCUAGGCUCCCUCAUACGAUUACGAUACGUAUACAACUUUUGUCCCAAGUCAAGACCCUUGUGUUGUUGGCCUCUUUUUUGUACAAAUGUUUUGUCAUCUCACAAAAUAAAACUAARCAUACCUAUUAUUUCAUAUAAGAUAUGCUGGGCAGGUGGCUAUGCUUGAUUAAGAUCAUAAGUAAGAUGCUAUGUGGGACCUUAAUGAAAGAAAUACGAAUAUAUGAUGCCUUUUCCUUUGAUACGACCA